AUGGAAAUACAUAAGCUGAUAUUGGAUAAACUGAAAUUCAAGUUGGAAGAAGUGAAGGCAAUUGGAAUAAUAGGUAUUAAAGUAUAUAUACAGUUAGCAUCCCAAGAAAUAGUGAGAAGAACCAUUGAAGGACAUGGAGAUCAUAUAGUAUCUACAGAAGACAGUGAGAGAUAUAACGUGGAAAUAAGAGAUGGAAAUGCGAUUACAACAGUAAGGGUUCACUACAUUCCAAUUCAUAUGGGAAAUGAAGCUAUAAUUAAAGCUGAAUCACACUAUGGGCAAGUAAUCAGCCUAAAAAACGAAGUAUGGGGUAAAUCAAUGUCGUAUCCUGUACCAUCGGGUGUUCGUGCUAUAGAUAUGGUACUCAGUCAACCGAUUCCCUCAUACAUAGUUAUAUAUGGUAAAAACACUCUGAUAACGUAUUCAGGACAGAAACGAACCUGUACGUUUUGUAGUAGUGAAGAACAUAUGCUAAAAAACUGUCCAAAUAACAGAGCUACUCAGAAAAAUGCUACGAUUCUUCCAGUCCCACAAUUUGUCAACAGGUCAUACUCAGAAGUUACCAAGCAAACUGAAACUACCAUACCUAGAGCAGUUAUAAAUGAAGGAGUCACGGAAAAAUCAAGGGCAGAGCCAAAUACGUCUCAGGAAAUGUUCAGGGAAUCGCAAGACAUAAUUUCUUCAUUCCAGGUAGAUACAUUUCCGGACAAUAUGGUAAACAGGGGUGACAAGGAACCAACACCAAAGAAACCCAGAAAGUCAUGGAAUGAAGAGAUGGGACACGAUCAGAUGGAAAAUGAAAAUUCGUAUGACUGGCCAUCCAAUCCAAGAUAUAAUCAAGAUCCUUUGGGUUUAAGUAGAGAUGCUGAAAAAUCCGCCACCAAAAAUCAGAGUGGUGACUCUGAUAUGGAAUCAUUUUGA